AUGUGGAAGAACCAGUUUGACCACUGUCAUGUGACCGAGACCCUGCAGGUUUCAUUAUUUCUCUCACCUGCCUACACUGCGGCACAGGGAGCUUCACUUCGUACGUGGUUUACCGAGCACCUUCUGCGCAACAAAAAAACAUAAAAAAAGACAUUAAAAAUUAAAGGAUUUCAUUUAACAUCACAAAAGGGACGUGUUAUCCUGCUGUGGGUGGAAGAGACAGCACCUUCCCUGGGGACUUGUCUGGAAAAACGCAGGUCAGCGCACCUUUUGUGAAAGACUGAGCGUUCUGGGAGAGACUGAGCCUGUGCCUCUCCGUUCGGCAGCUGACGAGCGGAACUGCCUGGCCUGGCGCCAGACUGCAACCCCACGCUCUGUGAAGACAGCGCGCGGAGCCAAGUCAUGGGAAAGCUCCUGUCCAGACAGACCGAGAGGCCGCCCCAGGUGGUCCUGAUGGGCCUGGACGGGGCGGGGAAGUCGACGCUCCUCUCCAGGCUCCAGUGGGGGGAGAAGAUGGAGACCUCCCCGACCGUGGGCUUCAACGUGGGAACGCUGGAGGUGGAGAAGGGCGUGACCCUGACCGUCUGGGACGUGGGGGGCCAGGGCGAGAUGCGGGCCAACUGGAAGUACUACCUGGACGACUGCCAGGCGCUGGUGUUCGUGGUGGACGGCGUGGACCGGGAACGCCUGGGGGAGGCGCAGAAGGCCCUGCGGAGGGUCCUGAGAGAGGAGGCCCUGAAGGAGGUCCCCCUAAUGGUGCUGGUCAACAAGAAGGACCUCCCCAACUCCAUGACCAUCCGCGAGGUGUCCAACCAGCUGGAUCUGCCAAACAACAAGGGUCGGGACUGGCAGAUCCAGGCCUGCAGCGCCUACACAGGCCUGGGGCUUCAGCAGGCCUUCCUGUCCGUGGCCAAACUCAUCAAACAGCACCAAUGAGAGGCCAGAUUCAUCAAAAACCACCAAUGGGAGGCCACACUCA